AUGGCGGAUGGUGAAACCGUGACGAUGCAGCCAGACUGCCCCAAAGGCCUCUCUGUUGAGGUUCAAGCCUCUCCUGAUACUUCCAAUGAUGACAAUGAGGUGUUACAUAAUGAUCCUCGACAAAGCGAACCGUAUCAACAGCUUUCAGGAACCGUGGAAGUUGCUGCGUUGACAGACAUCGCUCCGAUCGAUCACAAUUCCACUAUAUCCGAAGAGAUUAGAGAAUUGAGAGAGCAAGUCCAGCGUCUGCAAAUGAAGGCUGGUGUUGAUUCAUUAAAUGCAAAGGAAAGUGCGUCGCAAAUCUCAUCUGGCGAGCUCGAGAAGCUACGACGUAUCAAAAAUUGUCUGCGUAAGCAUUGGCAGGAGUGGGAUGAUCGAGAUGACGUGGAAGCCUCCUUGAGCGGAAUUUCACUGGAACCAAUUAUUGAAAGACUGCGUGAUUCUUCCCGAAAUAAGCAUACGGCCGGUGCUUUUUUAAUGCUCGGUCGUAGGAACCGCGCAAAUCGUUAUCUCAAUGAUCUUGGGUCCGACGAUGAGGACGCCUACGAUGACAACAAUAUGGAUGAUGAAGACCGAUCGCAACGUGAGAAACUUAUACUUAAACGCCGCGAACAUUUGAGAGCAAUACAACUGGGUAUAGAGAGCAUCACUGAAGACUUGAUUGGGAUGCGCCUAAACAGAAGGCUACAGAAGCAGCAGAGGGAGGCAAGGCUACAGGAACAGCGGAUGGCGGCCGAGUUGGAACGAGAGGCUGAAUUGAAAACGGCCGAACAAGAUCAACAUGCAAACGACGAAACGACCACGACAGAGGGUAAUAAGCCUGAAACAAUACUUCCUGCAGUGCCUGAAACGAUAAUUUAUGCGGUGCCGAAGGCCAACUUGGUUAAUUGGAACUCAUUCAAAGGCUUGGGCCAGGCAAAAGAGAACACCUCUUACGUAAUUGAUGUUCUUGUAGGUGAGCCAGUGAUCGAAAAAGAAAACGUGAGAUACAAUUGGAACAGGCGUGAUCGCCUCGCGAAGAAAUCUCAAGCCCAGAAACAAAGUGUUGCAACGUUGUCGACGGGAUCACGAGGUCAAGGUCCGUUACCUGAGAGAAUAAGGAUUCAUUCCAGCCUGUUUCUUCAGAUUUUCGCAAAGCUCAUUGACCCCGAUGGAGUCCAACUGGAUCUCAGCGAGCCGUCUCUCGUCUUCCUUCGACCGUUCAAAGCAAUUACCCACUAUGAAUAUAGAUUACGGAAUUGGCUCACACGGCGGGAAGAGGAUAUUGAAACCCAAGAUCGGAUGUUAGACCUCGCCGGUAAAACCAGUUAUGACGAUAUAAUAUUGGAGUCGCCGACUGCUAGAGCGCACUUGAGAUGUGUUUUGGAGUGCUUUGAUGCUCACAUUAAGGCAAGAAUUGAAUUUUUGCAAAGCUCUGAUUGCCGCAAAGUUUUUUUCUCGGACUUAUGGCACAUCUAUCGACCCGGAACGGAAGUGAUUGGCCUCGAUGGUAAACAGGCAUACCGCGUGAUCCAAGUCGCCAGUUCCAGGCACCGACCGAUUUCUAACCGCCUGUUCUAUUACAACUAUGCAUACAAGGGCAAAGACGACGAUAAGUCUGAGCCCUCAGAAUUUACUUUACAUUGCUCUUAUAUCGAUUUUGAUGGAAAAUAUAUCGGGCCGGUUCUACGAACAUUUGAGGUUAAGAGAUUUGAUGGAGAAAGAGACAUUACCUCUUUGGAGGUUUAUCCGCUCCGAUUUCAUAAACUUAAACAAGACGAUUUCAACUUCACGACACGGAAGGAGCUCGAGGAGAUUCCAGAACAAGAUCGAUGUCGAGCCAAUCUUAUUCAACGAGGGGCGAAAUUCGUGCAAGUCGCCGCCGUCAAGCAUAUGUAUUAUUCUGGUCCUACUAUGGUUGUUAGAGAAGAAGUCGAGAGUCAAGUAGUAGUUGACUUUGCGACUUGCUUUGCAGCAGAAGGUGAGUUACAAAAGCACAUACAAAGACCCUCUCUAGAGGGUUUUAUCGGUGAGGCUGUUGAGGGCCAAGACGAUCAAGAAUCCUCCGCCGGACGGUGUGAGUGCUGUCUCUAUGAAACGGUAUAUGAAGACGACAAAUUCGUGGACAAGAAUCUGCGCAAUGAUUAUAUAAACAGCAUCCUGUCCAAGAAGGACAGAGAAGAGCCCCCAUCUGUGGCAAUCUGCCCGAGACCGUUUGAUGAAAUGAAGACAUCAUCAGGCGAUGGUCCUACAUUCUCCGAUGAGGAACUGGUCAUCAUGUCUUAUCGAGUAUUCGGAUUUGUUUUACGCAAUAGAAAAUGGGCACAAUUGGAUCUCACCUACUUGACUGAGGUGCGGGAGACUACCACGGUAGAUCCAGUUACUGGCCAACGAGUGGAGGAUGGCAACACUGGAAAAGAAAAGGAGACUGCAUUCGACCAACUUGUUUUGGAGAGCGGACAUAAAGAUAUGAUAAUUUCACUCAUCACUCAGCACUUCAAAGACAAACAGGCAAAGGCGGCUCAAAUGGAACAAGUGGAUAUUGUCCGGGGGAAAGGGAAGGGUUUGAUUCUACUUUUACAUGGUGCUCCUGGAGUUGGCAAGACAUCUACAGCAGAGGGCGUAGCCGAGCGUUUUCAAAAGCCUCUUUUUCAGAUAACAUGCGGUGAUUUGGGAGUUACAGCACGAGAUGUUGAAAAGACACUUCAAACAAACUUCAAUCUCGCUACAAAAUGGGGGUGCAUUCUCCUAUUAGAUGAGGCCGAUGUUUUUCUUGCUCAAAGAGAUAAAACAGACUUUAUCCGGAAUGGAAUGGUAGCAGCCUUUUUACGUGUUCUAGAGUAUUAUGCCGGAAUUUUGUUCUUGACAACGAACCGUAUCGGCGAUUUUGAUGAGGCUUUUACCUCGCGAAUCCAUAUCAGUCUUUAUUAUCCUGAACUUGAUGAAAAGAAGACAGUCGACAUAUUCAAACUCAAUCUUGAUCUUAUUCAGAGUCGAUUCAAGAGAAUGGAUCGUGACGUUCAGAUAGAUUAUAAACGGAUCAAGCGGUUUGCCAAGAUGCACUAUUUGUACUACUCCGAUUCGCGAUGGAAUGGGCGUCAGAUCCGCAACGCUUGUCAGACAGCCUUGGCGCUCGCAGAAUAUCAAGCUCAGGAAGACAAAAAACCAGCCGGUCUCGAUUCGGAAGCCGCUGACAAAAUAACUGUCGAACUAACCGUCGAACAUUUCGAAACCGUGCGCAACGCUUAUCUUGAAUUUACAAAUUACUUGGCCGAACUUUACGGCGCCACCACUGCCAAAGUGGCUGGGGAGAGAUACCUCCGCGUGGAAGAGAAUUCGAAUAGAGGAGAUCCGAUAUACUCGACACAAGAGCUUUAUGAAAUGUUUAAAGAAGAACGGAAGCGUGGGAGCUACAGACCGCCUUCUCCGCAGCAAAAACCAAGCUACGAAGCGCAAAGUUCCGCAGAGGCUAAUAAAAGAUUUCGAGAAAAGCAAUCUCGAAGGUCUCAGAAUGACAGGUCUAUGCGUGAUCGCAAUCAAACCGAGCCAUCUUCAACCUCAAAAGAUCACCGGGUCCAGCGUCUUUUGCGACCUGAGAUGGUGGAACCAUCUCCAAGACCAUCGCCAAAGUCAUACCAACAGCGGAAUGCCCCUCCAUCGGAUAUCGGAAGGGAAUCAAGUAGCCGAGGUAAUGGCAAUCAUCAGCGGAGAAAGGAGAAAAGAGAGCCGCAACCAAGCCGGGAUCAUGAAGGCGUUGCAGAAGAUGACAAUGACGACGACUCCUCUGAUACGUGGCAGCAGCGCCGGGACCAACGCGAACAAGGGUCAGAUGAGAUGUCGGAAGAAGGACAAGAAGAUGUCGACACCAGUGACAGCGAAUUCGAAGAAGAAACUGGGAGAAAAGGCACCCGUGGUCAAAGAGAACAAGCUGACUCUCGAUUUACGGGGAGACAAAAGUAG